AUGUCGAACCCCCCCCCCGAGCCCGCGUCGAUCACCAUACAAAACUUCGGCUUCUUAGUUGCGCUCAUAGUGACCGCGACCAAUGUCAACCGUCUGAUGGUCUCCUGCGCAAGCGACAAUUCGGCCACAUUUACGGGUUAUUCCCCGGAGGACCUGUUCGGACUCGAAGACUUCGGCAGCAUCCUGGAGCGAGAAGAUGCGGGAACCUUGAUGGCUCGGGUUGGCUUGCUCAAAGAGGAGAAAUCCGAUGUAGGAGCUACAGGUGGCCGUGCCGUAUUCAGUCUCUCGCUUCUCCCCAAAGAAGGCGAAGCUCUUCGAUUUUGGUGCUCCAUGCACCUCAACAAGAACUUCUCAAGCCCCGAAACAAUUAUUUGCGAAUUUGAGCCACACGAGGAUGCCCCUCCCAUCGCAAUGGGCCAACGAAUUUACACGAGUGACAUUGUGACGAGACUCCCUCGAAUGUCAAGGAGAGUCGGGAAAGAAGGCGUGGAGUUGAGCGCGAUGCAGGCAAUUGGAAUCAUGUCAGAGAUCCAGGCAUCCUUCGCCGCCAUAGCGGGUCUAGCGGCCAUUCCCGACACCAUCGUGACUACGGUGAAAGAGGUCACAGGGUUCGACAGAGUCGUACUGUACCGCAUCGACGAGUUAAUGGCCGUAACGAUACUUGAUACCUCCGACAGGGAAUGGCGGGGCUCACAACGAUGCAUACACUUCACGCGGCCGCGCCGCGCCGGCAACGUCAAUCAUCAAGCGCCUUUCCCGAGCCAGCUCAGGCUUCUGCUCGAUCGCGAAGCGCAACCUGCGAGACUUAUCUACAAACACCAGGAGUCUCGCCAGCAUAGACCUAUCCACCUGGACCGAUCCUACCUUCAAAGGGCUUCGCCAACAUUCUUUGAAGAGCUCGUAGCCGAGGACACUAAAGCUCGCUCCUUCUUGACCAUCCCAAUCAACGCCUUCAGCAAGCGAUGGGGUUUGGUAUCCCGAAGGAACACGAAUACCAAUGUCUAG